AUGGCAGUGCAGCGACACUGCUCGCCGAUACUACCGAGAGUUCACGUGGAACGCCGGCGUCACCCCCGAAGCAAACAGAAGCAACUCCUCGUGACCAUUAGACUGCGCAAAGAAGCCGAAGAUUGCAUCUAUGUUUGCACGAAGCCUCAUUCAAGACUGAGUCGUUCGCCGGAGCCACCGGAGCGAUUGAUCGUCACCCUGCGUUAUCCGCCUCCUAAGCUCCGCCCCAAGAUCAUCCCAAUACCUCCAUCGCGCCGGCGUGUCGCGUUGGAAAGUGACUCGGAGAGCGACUGGGACAGCGACUUGGACACCGAUUUUGAAAGCGAUUUGGAAACUGUUUUACCCAGCGAAAGCGAUGCCGAUGACAAGAAAGCACUAUUUUAUUCUCCGACGCCUAGUUCUGCACAGAGUCUAGACCCGCAACCUGAAAAGCCAUCGCGUUGUUUAGAGGAAGUUUUGAACACUUGGACACCAGUUAUACUAUCUAUUACAAAACACGUCAUUGUUUACAGCGGUGGUGGCGUCUAUAACAUUCAGCUCUAUGCAAUCAUCGACGCACCGCCAAUAGUCGACUACCAUCCGUCAAAGUCAGGCUGGAAGACGGAGUUUGAACUUAGUUGGUUGGCCCUAGAUGCAGUGCGGAACUACUGGGCCCGAUUUCCAGGCGGUCGUGACGGAGCCAUCGACGCCGCCAGCCCAGGUCUAUCUCGGCUGUGCAGGAAGGUUUUAGUCGUACUCGGACAUCGGAAGAAGCGCUAUUUUCGACUCGAACUAAAAGUUAUCUUUCAAGGCGCAAAGCCGGAGCCUGUGUGGGCUGAUGAUCUGGUAGUAGGGAUGGAGCUGGACUGGAAGAUAUUGAACGAUUAUUGGAAGGCUGUGGGCGUUACGGUGCCCCCGCGAACUGAGGACCUUCACGAUGUGGCGGAAGAGACGACCCUGAGAAUAGACAUGCCGCCUGCCUGGAUGAUGAGGUCAAUGGAGGAAGGCGGCUAG